GCCGGACCCGGAAAAGACAGAUAAGAUCUCUCAAUGGCCAACGCCUCUGCGCACCACGACGGAGGUACGAGCCUUCCUUGGGGUGGUUGGAUUCUUGAGGAUCUUUAUCAAAGGUUUUGCUUAAAUAGCCGAGCCUAUCCGUGCGAUGAUUAGGGAUGGAGGAACUAUGGAAUGGACCGAGGAUAGGGAAGCAGCGGUUCAGACCCUCAAGGACGUCUUGACGUUUGACCAAGUCACGUUGGCAGCGCCCUGCUUCAACGACGAGGUAGGACGACCCUUUAUUCUGGAAACCGAUAGAGGACCAUUGGUAGUAGGAGGAGUCCUGAUACAAGGGAGCGAGGAGGGCAGAGAAAGGCCUAUCAGAUUCGAGAGUAGGACCCUGAAUUAUGCGGAACGAGGAUACUCUCAGUUCAAGAAAGAGGUUUUAGCCAUCCUUCAUUGUCUUCAGACCUUUCAAGCGUACCUAUUCGGAAGGCGGUUUAUCGUGAGGAUCGAUCCGACCAACGUCGUUGGGGCACUGAAGAACUAUAAACCUAUAGACCUGACAGUUGACAGAUGGAUAAACUUUAUCAGGCAGUUUGAUUACAAGGUCGAGCAAAUUGCGGGGCUUCGAAACAGGGCAGACGGGCUAAGUCGGGUCUGCAUUACACCGGAAGGAAUAGAGGAUGAGGAACCAAUCGACGCCUUCUUGGAAUAUGAGGGAGGAACCCUCGUCGUGGAUAACGAGAUGACGAGCCCCGCCUGCAUGCCAGCGCAAUUGCUGAUCCAAACAUUGGAAAAAGAGACGCAUGUCGUAGUUGCGGAACUCAGGGAAGGACCAGUCACCAUGAUUAGACGCAAAGAUGAGAAGGAUUCGUGGGGAGCAACAAUGGGGCUGAAAGAGGAGUUGAUGGCAAUGACCGUUGAAGGAGGUCGGGAUGCCGUGAUGUGGUUAGUAGAGUCUUGGACACAAAAAUAACUACAGUAUUUAGUAAGUCAGGCUCAGGGGAGGCGAGAUACGAACCAAGAGGGACAAUAAUUUUUCCUCGUAGAAAUGUAUGACGGCAUCUUUUGAGAGAUCGACCUGUUACUUAUAGGGAACAAACAGCCUAUGGAAGU